UCAGCAUUAUUUUCCCCCAAAAUAAAAAGGGAAAAACAAAAAAUCCCUUGUCUUGUUCGUCGCCGAGAAACUGAAUUUAGGGUUCCGAUCAUGGCCGAUUCUGUGUUGACGGAGUAUUCACACAUUCCGAAGAAACCGAGGUUGGACGGAAAAUCGAAAUCCGUCCACAGACGCCGAGAGCUCCUGCUUUACGAUCCCUACAACGAUGAAUACAUAAGACAGUACAUCUUGUACUACUACCAGUUCAAUAAGAGCGAGGGUUUCGUGAUUGAUUGGGAGAACUUGGACUAUGAGUUCGAGACUAGGCCUAUCACGGACCCAUUUCGUAUUGCUGCUUACAGUACUAAUGAUGAAGUUAUCCAUGAAGUCGCUUGCUGUGCUAUUACUCAACACAAUGCUGAUACGGGGGGGUCGGAUUGAGUUCGUGGAUCACGUUUCCGCAAGUUACAGGUGGUGUGCAGGUAUCCUUUAUUGGGUUACGUUUUGGGCCAAGGAUUUGGCAUCAUCCAAUCCUGAGCCUAGACUUUAUCAAACUAAUGUUCGCCUCUGCGGACCAACCUUUUGUGAGCUUUAUAUCUUCAGGCUCAAACCUACUGAUGAAGAGAUUGCUGCUGUUCAAGUGGAUCCUCCUCCUCCAUUGUUUGGUGAUGACCCAGAGUUACCAACCAUAUUGUUCACGGUAACGGGUCCAGGAUCUGGUUACAUGUCCAUACCUGAAGUUUCCUUCACUCGGAUUCCUGCUGAAGUUGAGCCGACCGUGUGGUCACCAUAAUCCUCACUAUGUUAUCCAAAACCCCUCUGUUUGUAUUCCACCUUUCUUAUAACUCUCUUCCUAAUUAAUCCUUAUUAGAGCUUUAGUAACUUAGUAAGUUGUUGUUGGCAUUAACUUAUAUUUAUCAUGAUGAGGCCUAAAUAGCUUUGUUACCUACUUGUUUUUCUAUUUGUAGUGGAAUCCAUAUUUUUUUCAAUCUAA